GGCGGGAGGGGCGCGCGGGGCGCCGGAAGCCGCUGGAGGAGGGGGGCGCGGGCGCGUCCCCGGGCGCCCGGCCGCUGACAUCAGCGCGCUCCGCCCCGCGCCUCCCAACACCCUCCGCUCGGCCGGGCCCUCCCUCCGCCACCACGUGUCCCCGCUCCCUCCCGAGGGGCCGUGCGCGGGGCCGGAGAGAGGCCGGGAUGGCGCAGUGACAGCCGGGCCGGCUCUCGGCGUCCCCCGCGCCCUGGCGGGGGGCCCGGCGACAUGGAGUCCACAGCCAUCCCUCUGAACCUGACCCUGAAAGUGGAGGAGAGCGAAGAACAGAUUCAGAGCCCAGACCUGGAGGAUGGCUGUGCCGACAUGCAGAAGGUCCGCAUCUGCUCGGAGGGCGCCUGGGUGCCCGCCCUGUUUGACGAGGUGGCCAUCUACUUCUCCGACGAGGAGUGGGAAGUGCUGACGGAGCCCCAGAAGGCCCUGUACCGGGAGGUCAUGCGGAUGAACUACGAGACGGUGCUGUCGCUGGAGUUCCCGUUCCCGAAGCCAGACAUGAUCUCUCGGCUGGACGGCGAGGAAGACUCUCAGAACCCGGACCCGUGGCCACUCCCAGGAGGGAGCUUUGCAGAAAACGAAGACGCUGACGUCAGGCCCCCGGACUGGGCCGGCCCGGCGCACACCGCGUCCCCGUUCCCCCCGCCGCAGCCCCUGGACGGCUUCGGCCUCCGCCUGCCGCGGGCCUUCGCCGAGCUGCCCGAGUGGGGCGAGGGGUACCCCUUCUACAUGGCCAUGGGCUUCCCGGGCUACGACCUCUCGGCCGACGAGCUGGCCGCCAAGUUCCAGUUCAGCCGGGGCAUGCGCCGCAGCUACGACGCGGGCUUCAAGCUGAUGGUGGUGGAGUUCGCCGAGAGCACCAACAACUGCCAGGCGGCCAAGCAGUUCGGCGUGCUGGAGAAGAACGUGCGGGACUGGCGCAAGGUGAAGCCGCAGCUGCAGAACGCCCACGCCAUGCGGCGGGCCUUCCGCGGCCCCAAGAACGGGCGCUUCGCCCUGGUGGACCAGCGCGUGGCCGAGUACGUCCGCUACAUGCAGGCCAAGGGCGACCCCAUCACCAGGGAGGCCAUGCAGCUGAAGGCGCUCGAGAUCGCCCAGGAGAUGAACAUCCCGGAGAAGGGGUUCAAGGCCAGCCUGGGCUGGUGCCGCAGGAUGAUGCGGAGGUACGACCUGUCCCUGCGGCACAAGGUGCCGGUGCCCCAGCAGCUGCCCGAGGACCUGACGGAGAAGCUCGCCGCCUACCAGCGCAGCGUGCUGGCCCUGCGCCGCGCGCACGACUACCAGGUGGCGCAGAUGGGGAACGCGGACGAGACGCCCAUCUGCCUGGAGGUGCCCUCCCGGGUGGCGGUGGACAACCAGGGCGAGAAGCCGGUCCUGGUGAAGACGCCGGGCCGGGAGAAGCUGAAGAUCACGGCCAUGCUGGGCGUGCUGGCCGACGGCCGGAAGCUGCCCCCCUACAUCAUCCUGCGGGGCACGUACAUCCCGCCCGGCACGUUCCCCAGCGGCAUGGAGAUCCGCUGCCACCGCUACGGCUGGAUGACCGAGGACCUGAUGCAGGACUGGCUGGAGGUGGUGUGGCGGCGGCGGACGGGCGCCGCGCCCAAGCAGCGCGGGAUGCUGAUCCUCAACGGCUUCCGGGGCCACGCCACCGACGCGGUGAAGGGCGCCAUGGAGAGCAUGAACACCGACAUGGUCAUCAUCCCGGGCGGCCUGACCUCGCAGCUGCAGGUGCUGGACGUGGUGGUCUACAAGCCGCUCAACGACAGCGUGCGCGCCCAGUACUCCAACUGGCUCCUGGCCGGGAACCUGGCGCUGAGCCCCACCGGCAACGCCAAGAAGCCGCCGCUCGGCCUCUUCCUGGAGUGGGUCAUGGUCGCCUGGAACAGCAUCCCCAGCGAGGCCAUCGUGCAGGGCUUCCGCAGGUGCCACAUCUCCAGCAGCCUGGAGGACGAGGACGACGUGCUGUGGGAGAUCGAGGGCGAGCUGCCAGGCGGAGGGGAGCUGCCCGCCGAGGGCAGGACAGAGAGCAACUGACCGCCGGCGCAGCAAACGGGACUGUGCUGGAAGCGCUGGGGAGAAACCCGGAGGAGGGCGCUGGGAGUGUGGCCGCAGGCACAGCGGCCCGGCUGCAGGCCGCCCGGGGCCGGUCCGGACAGCGCCGGCACCUGCCCGGACACGGCCCGCCCCCCCCCCGGGGUCACGGAAGCCUAGGACCUUCGUUUCAUCAGAGACACGAUCAGGAAGGAAACUGCCCUCCCGUUUCUAACAGCGGUGACUCCGGCCUCCGCCAGAGGAAACCCGGGGGAAGAUGAAAAGGCACUUCCCGGAGGAGACCGUCAUUCAGCGGCCACGUCUCCCGCCGGCCACUCCACCGUGUCCUUUCCGGGGAGAAGAGCCUCGUCAUUGCUUCUCUGCCUCAGAAACGCUCCCCGCAGGGCCUGCCGCCAGCAGGCCGGGCCUGCCGAGAAGGCGUGUAGAGACAUGUCGUUUUUGUACUUAACGCAUUUCCUUUUAGGAAAAGGAGAUCCUAAUGACAACCACACUCCGACACACUGGCCUGGUGCCAGCCGUGGCUUUUCUACAGACAAACUCGGUUGUUGGGGAAGAUCCCGGUUAAAACAAACGAGGCUGCUUUAUUAAUCUUCCCAGCCAGGUCGGCAGCUAGCUUUUUGGGUUUCAUGAUGGUUCUGUGUAAUGCAGGGCAGCGUUCGGUCCACAGGUCCCUGCUCCUCAGGCUGCUGCACGUCAGCAGGAGCUUCCUGCUGUGCUCACGGACUCCCGCCGCUGUUUUGUUCAUUUUUGUAUUUUUUCACGAGGGUGGUGAGAGGGCGUGGGCCUUCAGCCACAGCUGUUUGAGACAAAGCCUUCCCCCUGUAGGAGAUGGGAGGUCACUGGGUUUUUACAUGAGACUUUGCAUUCCCACCUAAGCUGAGUGUUACGGAAACAGGAAAUGGGCCAGCACCUCGCAGAAAUGUCAUUCCGUGUCAGGCCUGCGACAGGCUCCACGUCUCCUUCCUGUCCACCCUCAUUCCUACUCGACACUAUUCUUGGCCUCGUGAGCCACUUACUUCUACUCAGGUACUCAUCUUCCUGUUGACGAAACACCUUUCCCCCUUUUUUAAAACCAGUUUUCCUCCCAAAGGGGAAAUUUCACUUAAUUUCUGGUAUCGGAAUACCUUCCAAUAUUUGAAUUGCCCCACUGGCAAACUGAAUUCUCUGUCAUCUCAAAUGGCGACUUUUUGCAUCUCAGCUACUUUGCAUUCCAGAACCUUCCAUCCCCUGCAAUUCCACUUAAUUUAUCCUCCACCUUCCUGGUUCCCGGCACUUCCCUCACUGCUGUUUCACUGGCGUGGGGCAUGCUUAUAAGACCUGAUUUUGGGAUCCUGCAUCGGAGCCAGAGUUCUCUGGCAGAGAUGCGUGGGAAAUGGGUCCAACUCCUGAUUCAUUCCGCCAAUCCCACCGUCUCUGCCCCGAUGGCGGUGCCUUCCGGCUGCUGCUCUGGGAUGCUCCUUAGUGACGGCUCUGCUGUCGGGGUGUCUGGGCUCGUGCUUCCAUGGACAGCCUCUGCCUCACGGAGCCCCGGACAGCUGCGCUGCAGGGCGGCCGUGGCCCUGAGGGACGACAGCACAUGUUGAGACAUAGAUGUACUUACUCCUCAGUAGGUAGAAAAUGGCCCACAAUAAACUUUGAUAGUAAAGAC